AUGGCGAAAAGACGAACAAAGAAACGUACCCAUGUGGGCGCAAAUAAUGGACCGGGAGGAGCGGGAUUUGCAAAGAAACCCUCUGCGGCGCCCAAGAGUAUGGUCAUUCGAAUUGGAGCUGGAGAAGUCGGACCUAGUGUGAGCCAGCUGGCAAAGGAUGUACGAUUGAUGAUGGAACCCGGAACGGCAUCGAGGUUGAAAGAGAGGAGGGCGAACCGAUUGAGAGAUUACCUUACCAUGGCGGGACCGCUGGGUGUAAGCCAUCUUAUGCUGUUCUCGAGGUCAGAAUCUGGAAAUACAAAUAUGCGCCUGGCGAUCACACCGAGAGGACCUACCUUACAUUUCAAUGUUGAGAAAUAUUCAUUAUGUAAAGACAUCCGAAAAGCCUUGAAGCAUCCAAAAGGUAGUGGAAAGGAAUACUUGACCGCGCCAUUGCUUGUCAUGAACAACUUUACAUCUCCCGCAUCUGAAUCAGAUUCGCCCAACAAAGUACCUAGACAUCUCGAAUCUCUUGUUACGACCAUCUUCCAAUCGCUCUUCCCUCCCAUCUCACCGCAAAAAACACCACUUUCUUCAAUUCGACGAGUCCUCCUUCUGAACCGCGAGCCUUCCAAAGACGGAGACGGAACAUAUACCAUAAAUCUUCGACACUAUGCCAUUACGACGAAGCCCUUGGGUCUCUCAAAACCUCUACGCAGACUAAAUGCUGCCGAAAAGAUCAUAAACGCUCAAAAAUCAGGCAGGACGAAGAAGGGUGGUCUGCCAAACCUCGGAAAAAUGUCUGAUAUCGCAGACUACAUGAUCGGUGGUGAUGGCGGUGAAGGAUACGUAACCGACGGAGCUACGAGCGGAAGCGAAGUCGAUACUGACGCUGAGGUCGAGGUUGUCGAGACACGAGCCAAGAAGAUCUUGUCAAAACGUCGCAAAGAGCGUUCUGACGCUGAUAAGAAAGAACCCUCCCGAGGUGGCGCUGAGAAGCGGGCAGUAAAAAUGGUAGAGCUGGGCCCUAGAUUGAAGCUGCGCAUGACCAAAGUGGAAGAGGGUGUCUGCAGUGGCAAGAUCAUGUGGCACGAAUACAUCAACAAGUCUAAGGAGGAGGUCAAGGCUUUGGACAAGAAGUGGGAGAAGAAGAGGCAACAGAAAGAGGCAAGGAAAAAGAUUCAGAAGGAGAAUGUGGAGAGAAAGAAAGCAGCCAAGGGCCUAGGUGCAAAGAAAACGGAGGGAGAUGAGGAUGAGGAGGAUGAUGACAUGGCUGAUGCUGAGUGGGAUUCUGAAGGUCUUGCGGCAGACGGUGAGAUGGAGCUCAACGAGGACAUGGAGGAGCAAGGCGAGUGGGAAGAGGAAGCCGAGGAGAUUGCGGCCGGUUGA